AUGGCGGAUGGUCUUCGAGCGAGCGUGAAGAAAAGGCGCCUUUCCAGUUCCAUAGAUGAUAUGGAGCAAGCCAUCGCUCAGCCAGGCUCAAUCAAAAUCAACGUCGCGGGCGCAUACAUUAUCCAUCACGAUGACGAUAGCUCUCCUGAACGAUCACCACCUCGUCCGGGGUUCGCCGGGGAAGAACACACUUUCCAACAUCACAAGCGUGAUAUCCGAUUACCGAACCACACAGCCGUUGUCAGCCACGUCGCUGCGGACAUUGGCGGCUCACUUGCAAAAGUUGUAUACUUUACGCGUGAGAAAGAACGCGCUGAGUCUGGCGGUAGGCUCAACUUUCUUUCAUUCGAGACUGACAGAAUUGACGAAUGUAUCGCAUACCUGCAUUCACUACAAUCGAAAUAUCAGGAAGCCCAGAAUGGGAUUUCACCGACGUCAUCGCAGCAGAAAUUGAGUAUCAUGGCCACUGGUGGGGGCGCAUAUAAAUUCUACGAUCGCAUCCGAGAAAGACUGGGCGUCGAAGUCCAGCGUGAGGAUGAGAUGGAAUGUCUCAUCAAGGGCCUGGAUUUCUUCAUCACGCAAAUUCCCAAUGAGGUCUUCACUUAUGAUGACGACGCCGACCCGGAAACCGCAGUCGAAUACCAAGAACCAAUCGACCAGCCAGACCACGUUUAUCCUUACCUUCUUGUGAAUAUUGGGAGUGGUGUCAGCAUGAUCAAGGUCAGCGGAAGGUCACAAUACGAACGAAUCGGCGGCACAAGUCUCGGCGGCGGAACACUAUGGGGUCUACUGUCGCUUCUCACGGGUGCGCGAACUUUCGAUGAUAUGCUGGCCAUGGCUGAUCGAGGCGACAACACGAACGUCGAUCUUCUUGUCGGCGACAUCUAUGGUGAAGGGAUGGGUUACGAGAAGAUUGGACUGAGUGAAAAGACCAUUGCGAGCAGUUUUGGGAAGGUCUUGAAAAGGAAACGCGAAGCUGAACGGAGAGCGGAAGAUGGUAGUGGAUGGGGCGGUGGAGAGGAGGAAGGUGGAAUUUCUCCCCCGAUCGUGCCGGUAGGAACCACGACGGCAGCAGCCAAUGCUUCCAGAACGACUCCGAGUCAACCGGUGCAAAGCCGGAGUAAAACAGACGGGAGAAUGUUCAAGCCGGAAGACAUCUCAAGGAGUCUUCUCUACGCUGUGAGUAACAACAUCGGCCAAAUCGCCUACCUCCAAUCCGAAAAGCACAACCUUCAGAGAAUAUACUUCGGCGGAUCGUUUAUCCGCGGUCAUCGCCAAACGAUCCAUACUCUCUCUUUUGCGAUCAAAUUUUGGAGUAAAGGAGCCAAACAGGCGUUCUUCCUCAGACAUGAAGGCUAUCUGGGAGCUGUUGGCGCAUUCGUGAAAAGGCGGCCCAAGGACUUUGCAGGAAUGAGAGACGAGAGCGGUAAAAUGGAGGAUGCGGCGACGUGA